AUUUAGUGAGGUGAAAACGUAAUAAACGAUCAGACAAGCCACCGAGCCGAGUUCACAGUAUUCGCAAUUUUCGAAUUUUUAUAAUAUUGCACCUUGAUUUGCAAACAAUUUCUCAUUUCGCUUUCUGUCAUUAUUAAUCGUAAGCAAUGUCUCUCGUUUGCAGUAUAUCCAACGAAGUUCCGGAACAUCCCGUUGUGUCUCCUAGAUCUGGAGCAAUAUUUGAAAAACGCCUAAUCGAAAAAUACAUUGUAGAAAACGAAUGUGAUCCUAUAAAUGGCGAGCCUUUGAAAGCAGAAGACUUAAUUGAAAUAAAAACUCCCCCAAUCGUUCGGCCGAAACCUCCAAGUGCUACGAGCAUUCCGGCAACUCUCAAAAUGAUGCAGGAUGAAUGGGACGCUCUAAUGUUACACGCUUACACUCAAAGGCAACAAUUACAAACAGCUCGCCAGGAAUUAUCCCAUGCUUUGUAUCAGCAUGAUGCUGCUUGUCGUGUGAUUGCACGUUUGAACAAAGAAGUGGCUGCUGCUCGAGAAGCUUUGGCCACUCUCAAACCACAGACUGGUAUUACAUCUAUUCAGUCGAGCAUUAUUUCACAACCAUCAGUUGCAUCGGAAGCUGGUGGAGUUGCGACACAGCCAAUCGAACAGGCUGGCAUGAGUGCCGAAGUUAUACAAAAACUACAGGACAAAGCGACCGUGCUUACACAAGAGCGAAAGAAAAAAGGUCGUACUGUUCCAGAAGAAUUGGUCAGCGCAGAAAAGAUUCGUGGCUUUCUAACCCUGGCAUCUCAUCCAGGUCUUCAUUCAGCUAGCGUACCAGGUAUUCUGGCACUUGACAUCAAUCACUCCGAUCAGAGCAAAAUUCUAACAGGAGGAAAUGACAAAAACGCUACCGUAUUCAACAAGGACACUGAACAAAUUGUGGCAAUUCUCAAAGGACACACCAAAAAGGUGACCAAAGUCAUCUUUCAUCCGGAGGACGACACAGUCAUUACUGCCUCCCCAGAUGCUUGUAUCCGUAUUUGGAACGUGCCAACAUCUCAAACUCAGUUGCUGCUCCGAUGUCAUGAUGGACCAGUCACUGGAUUAUCUCUCCACCCGACUGGUGAUUAUGUUUUGUCAACGUCAUCCGAUAAACACUGGGCUUUCUCUGACAUUCGUACUGGACGUUUAUUGACCAAGAUACCAGAUACCGCGGACAUCGGUCUUACAACUGCACAAUUCCAUCCGGAUGGACUUAUCUUCGGUACCGGAACCGAGGAUUCACAAGUAAAAAUUUGGGAUCUCAAAGAGCAAAGUAACGUUGCUAAUUUUCCUGGACAUACGGGUCCAAUCACUGCCAUCUCAUUUUCCGAGAAUGGUUAUUAUCUAGCGACGGCUGCCGAUGAUGCUUGCAUUAAGCUGUGGGAUUUGAGAAAAUUAAAAAAUUUCAAAACAAUUACACUGGAUGAGGGAUACGAGGUUAAAGAUUUGUGUUUUGAUCAAAGUGGAACCUAUUUGGCUAUUGCUGGGACGGAUAUCAGAUUAUAUUUGUGUAAGCAGUGGCAGGAAUUGAAAGUGUUCAACGAUCACACUGCGCUAGCCACGGGAAUUCGAUUUGGAAAACAUGCGCAAUAUGUUGCUUCUACAAGCAUGGAUCGUACCUUAAAGUUGUACGGUAUCGAAUAAAACAAUAAAGCGCGCAAUUCAAAUUAAUUGUGCUAGUUUUCCUAUACCCGCACACACUUGACCAUCUCUGAUUUACAUACCAAGUUUCACGUUCGUAUGUAGUUUCUAAAUAAAAUAAUGUACAAUUGAUUGAAUGCAAAGAAACGACGACUAAUAAAAAAUUGACGUUUUUUGUGCGAAUA